GAUGGCGGGUGACUCAGCCGAUCAAGGUCAGGGCGACGCACAGCUGAUCCAGGAGGUUGAGUGUCUGAAAAGAAAGCUUGAGGACGAGCGCAAUAAGCUUUCUGAUGAAGACCUUGUCACAGCUAGUCAGCACCUAGAUGCAGUGCCAUCUUUAAACAUUCGGUUACGACGAGUACUUAAAGGUCAUCAGGGUAAAGUAUUGAGUCUCUCGUGGUCUUUAGAUAAACGGCACAUAGUAAGCUCUUCACAGGAUGGGAAAAUUCUAGUUUGGGAUGGUUUCACUACAUCUAAAGUAUCGGUCAUAUCGAGAUUUUUACUCAACAAAAUUUGUAGGAAUACUCUAUAUCAAUGCCUACCACCUGGUUAAUGUCAUGUGCAUACAGUCCUUCCGGAGGCUUCAUCGCCUGUGGUGGGCUUGACAAUAAAUGCACUGUUUACCCACUUCUUUCGGAGGAGGACCCCAUCCUUAAGAAAAAGCUUGUAGCAACGCAUACUUCAUACUUAUCCUGCUGUUUAUUCAACAUAUCUGAUCACCAGCUGCUUACAGGGAGUGGAGAUAGUUCAUGUGUCUUAUGGGAUGUUGAAUAUGCACAAAUAAUACAAAGUUUCUAUGGUCAUUCUGCGGACGUGCUGAGCAUUGCACUAUCACCAUCAGAAUUUGGAAAAACAUUUGUUUCUGGGGGAUGUGACAGAUGUGCUAACGUCUGGGAUAUGCGCACUGGACAAUGUGUUCAGGUAUUCCAAGGUCAUGACUCUGAUAUCAACAGUGUCAGGUUUUUCCCUAGCGGUGAUGCGUUUGCCACAGGCUCAGAUGAUGCAACCAUCAGAUUAUUUGAUCUGCGCGCUGACCGUGAAGUUUGUGUAUACAAAAAGGAUAGUGUCAUUUUCCCAUGCAAUGCAGUUGACUUCUCUCUAAGUGGUCGCCUAUUGUUUGGUGGUUAUAGUGAUCAUGCUGUGAAUAUCUGGGAUGUACUCAAAGGUCAACGUAUUAGUAUUCUGUAUUGUCAUGAAAAUCGUAUUUCAGCCUUACGUGUCAGCCCAGAUGGAACAGCUAUAUGUACUGGGAGUUGGGACACAACUUUACGGAUUUGGGCGUAAAAAUUUCUUUGUUUAUUUUACGGGAAAAAUAAAUUUCAUGAAUAUAUGAACUCGUUUUAUAAUAUACAUUCGUGUUACCUGACAUUUUAAAAUAUUGACUUACUUUAUUCUUGCAUUUAUUAGAGUAAACACGAAUCUUUAUUUAUUUCAAGUAUUUUCCUUUUAUUAUUUGUUCACACUUUUAAGAGCUCUCUACGUGUGAUAAUUUACUUAUUUUAUGCGUAUUAUUUCUUCUGUGUAUAUAUUUUAUUUAACUUUAUUAUUAUUAUUAUUAUUAUUA